GUGAGAGCAUCCUCAGAAUGGCUGGGCGGCGUGCAGAGAGGGAGGCCAUUGGCUGCAGGACGCGGCCACGUGACCAGCCGGCGAGGAGGAGCUGGCAGGAUGUUCCUCAGAGCUGAGAGGAAGCACAUUCACUGAGCGCUUGAUCUCCUUCUCUGCAGCCAUGAAUUACCUGCGACGGCGUCUCUCUGACAGCACCUUCAUCUCCAACUUGCCCAACGGCUACAUGACGGACCUCCAGAGGCCCGACACCGCUCAGCCUCCGGUGCCCGCCUCCGCCGCCCUCGCCAAGUCCCCCACGGCGGGGCCUGCUCCUCCCGCGACUUCUCCUCAGCCUCCUCAGUCCACUGGAGCCGGAUUCUUCAGCUCCAUCACCAACGUGGUCAAGCAGACGGCGGCCUCGGCAGGACUGGUGGAGCAAACCUCCAUCACCACGCCCAAGAAGUUCAAGACUCUGCUGGUCAUCGACGAACCUCAACAGGAUUGGGCAAAGUUAUUUCGUGGGAAGAAGAUCGCCGAAGAUUAUGACAUCAAAGUGGAGCAGGCUGAGUUCAGUGAGAUCAACAUCACGGCUCAGGCUGAUGGAGUUUGCAACGUCAGCGUGCAGGGGUUCAGGAAUGGAAGCAAGAUGGUCAGGUCCUUCAAGCCGGACUUUGUGUUAAUUCGCCAACACGCCUACAGCAUGACACAAAAUGAAGAUUUCCGUAACCUGGUCAUCGCUCUUCAGUACGCGGGAGUCCCCAGCAUCAACUCUCUGGAGUCCAUCUACAACCUGUGUGACAAGCCCUGGGCGUUCGCUCAGCUCAUCAACACUCACAGGAAGUUAGGCGCCGACAAGUUUCCCCUCAUCCAACAAACCUUCUACCCGAACUACAAGGAGAUGUCCAGCAUGCCGUCUUUCCCCGUGGUGAUCAAGAUUGGCCACGCCCACUCUGGCAUCGGAAAGGUGAAGGUGGAGAACCACAGCAAGUUCCAGGACAUAGUCAGUGUGGUGGCGCUCACUCAGACCUACACCACCAGCGAGCCGCUCAUCGAGUCCAAAUACGACAUCAGGAUCCAGAAGAUCGCUGCUGACUACAAAGCUUACAUGAGAACUUCCAUGUCUGGGAACUGGAAGAGCAACAUCGGGUCGGCCAUGUUGGAACGCGUGGCCAUGACGGACAGAUACAAACUCUGGGUCGACACCUGCUCGGACAUCUUUGGAGGUCUGGAAGUCUGUGCUGUCAAAGCCAUUCAUGGAAAAGAUGGCAACGAUUACAUCACCGAGGUGGUGGGAUCCUCCAUGCCACUAGUGGGCGAGCACCAGGCGGAGGACCGCCAGCUCAUCUGUGACCUGGUGCUCAGCAGACUCACACAGCUGGCACACCUGCACCAAGACCAAGGACACAGAGUCACCACCCUGCAGCCCUCACAGGGUGUGGCUGAGAAAGGAGAAGAAGUGAUGGAGAACCUGAAGAAUGGUUGUUCUCGUCCUCCUCAAGGCUGCUUGCAGUACAUCCUGGAUUGUAACGGAGCUGCUGUCACACCUAAAACUCUUCAAGAAAACUGAAUAUUCAACAUUAAUAUUUAGUAUCACAUUCAAGAUAAGUGAAUACUAAAUAUUAAUAUUUAGUAUUACAUUGAAGAUAAUUGAAUAUUAAACAUUAAUAUUUAGUAUUAUAUCCAAGAUAAGUUGAUAUUAAACAUUAAUAUUUAGUAUUACAUUGAAUAUAAGUGAAUAUUAAACAUUAAUAUUUAGUAUUACAUUGAAGAUAAGUGAAUAUUAAACAUUAAAAUUUAGUAUUACAUUGAAGAUAAGUGAAUAUUAAACAUUAAUAUUUAGUACCACAUUCAAGAUAAGUGAAUAUUAAACAUUACUAUUUAGUACCACAUUGAAGAUAAGUGAAUAUUAAACAUUAAUAUUUAGUAUUACAGUGAAGAUAAGUGAAUAUUAAACAUUAAUAUUUACUAUUACAUUGAAGAUAAGUGAAUAUUAAACAUUAAUAUUUAGUACCACAUUCAAGAUAAGUGAAUAUUAAACACAAUAAUAUUUACUAUCACAUUGAAGAUAAGUGAAUAUUAAACAUUAAUAUUUAGUAUCACAUUCAAGAUAAGUGAAUAUUAAACAUUAAUAUUUAGCAUUACAUUGAAGAUAAGUGAAUAUUAAACAUUAAUAUUUAGUAUUACAUUGAAGGUAAGUGAAUAUUAAACAUUACUAUUUAGUAUUAUAUCCAAGAUAAGUUAAUAUUAAACAUUAAUAUUUAGUAUUAUAUUGAAGAUAGGUGAAUAUUAAACAUUAAUAUUUAGUAUUACAUUGAAGAUGAGUUAAUAUUAAACAUUAAUAUUUAGUAUUAAAUUGAAGAUGAGUUAAUAUUAAACAUUCAUAUUUAGUACUAUAUUGAAUAUAAGUGAAUAUUAAACAUUAAUAUUUAUUAUUGCAUUCAAGAUAAGUGAAUAUUAAACAUUAAUAUUUAGUAUUACAUUGAAGAUAAGUGAAUAUUAAACAUGAAUAUUUAGUAUUAUAUCCAAGAUGAGUUAAUAUUAAACAUUAAUAUUUAGUAUUAUAUCCAAGAUGAGUUAAUAUUAAACAUUAAUAUUUAGUAUUACAUUGAAUAUAAGUGAAUAUUAAACAUUAAUAUUAAUAUAAUAUAUUAACUCCAUGCAGAGUUAAAUUGGGAUUAUUGCUCUUUGUGCUCGUUUUGGCCGCUUGUGCUUUAAAGUUGUGUGAAUUUUCUUUCAAGCUUCUGUGGCUCAAGGAAGACAUUUUAUACUUUUUAUCUUUACUGUCGUCAAACUGUGGCAAAUAUUUUUAACGUCUUUGCAAAUUAUUUUCAUAAAUGUUCCAUUUUGCAUGAGUGAAACUCAUCAGAGGCGUUGUCGUCUUUUGUCAGACGUGUGUUGCUCCCAUUCAGUGUUUGCACACACACACACACACACACACACACACACACACACACACACACACACACACACACACACACACACACACACACACUGUAUGAU